GUAUUAUGAAUUGAUUAUUGCCGUUGUUCCAGUCAAGAAAGUCAUCUUCUCUCUCCUUCACAGAAGACAUAUUCAAAGAAGAACGAAUUACACAACAAAUCGGGAAUGGAGGGGAUUACAGGUGCCCGUUGAUAGAUACGUAUAUACAUAAUUAUAUAUAUAUAAAUAUAUAUGUAUAUGUAUAUGUAUACACAUCGGUGGUGUUAAAUUGAGAACAAGAACUUGGUUGAUUGAAUUAAAUCUGUGAAAGGAAUCGCUUUGUGGGUGAUUAUCUACCUACCCAGAUUAGUUUUCUUUUGUGUCUUCCCUCGAAGAUCUGAUUGUGAAUUGAAUAUAUUUGGAGGUACAAAAUAAGGCUUGCAUGACAGAUGUUCUGUUUCCAGUUAUAAUCAAUUCUUUAUUGAUUUGUUUAUAUACGCGAUGACGUAACAAAUUUAUUUAUAAUUAGUUUAUGAUUGAUCCUUAUUAGGAAAAUUUGGGUUUGGAAAGCAAACCAUGGGGUUCCUUGAAUGGGAAUUCAUUAAUUCUGCGCUGGGAGUGAUUUGACGACAGAUGGGGUUGUGUUGGAUUUUCUCGAGAAAACGCGUUUCUUGCAUUUCUUCUGCCGUUGAAAAAGGUUUGCUUCAGUUGUAAGGGUUUCUCUGCGAAUUGAAUUUUGAUUUUUGGAGGACUGGUUUGCUAUUUAGUUUUUCAAUUAUUGGAGAAUUAGGGUUUCAGUGUAUGAAUUUGAAUUCGAAGUUCUUGUAUUGGUGGCCGUUUCAAGUAUUUGUGAUUUCAACAGUUUUAGGAUUUGGGAUUUUUGGCUUGGGAAUUUGGAAGGAAAAUCAUUGGAUUCAGAUGGAGAAUCAGUAACUGCAACUACUCCGGUGGUCAUCGGCAAUGGGUGUUGAUCUAUAAGAUUUCGGCUUGUGUGUAUUGUAGCGGAUUACAAAUUAUAAUACUGUUGCUUUUAAAAUUGGAACUCAAGAUGGGCUUUUUCUUCUCUUUUGGUUAAAAUCAUUAGGGUUUUCAACCUGUUCCAAGAUGAAUAGGUGACUUUUCAAGUUAAUUCAGCUUGGCAAAUACUAUCUCUUUUACUUUGAUCAGAUAUUCCUGCUUACUGUUCUAUUGCUGUUUUUUUUUUUUGGAUUGGUUAUGAUAGUGGCCAGAUGAGUGUUUCAAAAUGAGUGGGAGAAGAGGAUUGUUUGUCAAUGGAUGCUCCAUACAAACCAUUCUCUGAUCUAAUAGGCUUACUUAAAUCGUGGAUCCCUUGGAGGUCCGAGCCGGCUCAUGUGUCGAGGGAUUUUUGGAUGCCCGAUCAGAGCUGCAGGGUAUGCUACGAGUGUGACUCCCAGUUCACAUUGUUCAACCGCAGACACCACUGUAGACUUUGCGGUAGAGUUUUUUGUGCUAAGUGUACUUCAAAUUGGGUUCCUGCUCCACCUACUGAGCCGAGUACUCCACAGGAAGAGUGGGAGAAGAUUAGGGUCUGUAAUUACUGUUUUAAGCAAUGGGAGCAAAGCUUAAUUCCAGGUGAUAAUGACAUCCAGGUUACUAGCCUGGAUCUUAGUACUUCACCAUCAGAGACAAGUUUUGUCAGCACCAAAUCAAGUGGUACAGUUGAAAGUAGCAGCAUUUCUUUUGCUUCGAUGCCACAGUCAGUUGGGUCUUAUCAGCAAAAUUCUUUCCCUUCUUCUGGUGUCAGCCCCCACCAGUCAGCAGUAAUGGAAACGGGUGGAGACAGGCAAGGUGUAGUGGCAUCAGGAUGGAGCAAUGAUCAUGUUUCAGACAUGGGAGAUAUAUCUCAAAACCAAUUUGGAUUUUGCAUGAACAGGAGUGAUGAUGAAGAAGAAGAAUUUGGAGUUUAUCAGUUAGAUUCCAAAGCUAGGCAUUUUCCUCAGGUUAAUGGCUACUAUGGUCAAGCUGAGACUGAUGGGAUUGACAGUGACUAUGGAUCACGUAAAGUGCAUCCUGGUGGAGAAACUAUUGACCCAAAAAGUAUGAGCAGCGCUUCGUUACAUAAUAGUUUCGAUUCACAAGGUUUAGAAGGAUCCCAACAGGUUGUAAAAAAAGAAGACGAGCCUGAUAUUGGUGAUGAAUGUGAAGCACCUUCAUAUGCUGCAGAGGACGUUGAUGCUGAACCUGUGGAUUUUGAGAACAAUGGACUCCUCUGGCUACCACCUGAACCUGAAGAUGAAGAAGAUGACAGGGAAGCUCUUCUAUAUGAUGAUGACGAUGAUGCGGAUGCUACUGGGGAGUGGGGAUAUCUACGUGCUUCAAGCAGUUUUGGAAGUGGGGAGUAUCGCAAUAGGGACAGAUCAAAUGAGGAGCACAAGAAGGCCAUGAAGACUGUUGUAGAUGGGCAUUUUAGGGCCUUGGUAGCUCAGCUUUUGCAGGUCGAGAACCUUCCUGUGGGUGAGGAAGAUGACAAAGACAGUUGGUUAGAGAUAAUUACAUCACUGUCCUGGGAGGCUGCCACAUUGUUAAAGCCUGAUAUGAGCAAAAGUGGUGGAAUGGACCCAGGAGGAUAUGUGAAGGUAAAAUGCGUUGCUUCUGGGCGUCGAUGUGAGAGUAUGGUGGUCAAAGGAGUUGUUUGUAAGAAAAAUGUGGCUCACCGGCGGAUGACAUCAAGAAUAGAGAAACCUCGCCUGUUAAUCCUUGGAGGGGCUCUUGAGUACCAGCGUGUUUCUAACCUCCUGUCAAGUUUUGAUACGCUGCUCCAGCAGGAAAUGGAUCAUCUAAAGAUGGCUGUUGCAAAGAUAGAUGCGCAUCAUCCUGAUGUUCUUUUGGUGGAGAAAUCAGUUUCUCGAUUUGCGCAAGAGUAUCUUCUUGCAAAGGACAUAUCACUUGUUCUCAAUAUUAAGAAGCCGCUUUUGGAGCGCAUAGCCCGCUGCACAGGUAGUCAAAUAGUCCCUUCAAUAGAUCAUGUCUCAUCACAGAAUCUGGGAUACUGUGACUUGUUCCAUGUGGAGAGGUUUCUAGAAGAGCAUGGCACAGCCGGGCAAGGUGGAAAAAAGUUGGUGAAGACAUUAAUGUAUUUUGAAGGGUGCCCAAAACCAUUGGGAUGCACUAUUUUACUCAGAGGUGCCAGUGGGGACGAGUUGAAGAAAGUGAAGCAUGUGAUCCAGUAUGGGGUUUUUGCAGCUUAUCACUUGGCUUUGGAAACAUCCUUUCUAGCUGAUGAAGGAGCCUCUCUUCCGGAACUCCCUUUGAACUCUCCGAUAACUGUGGCACUUCCUGAUAAACCAUCGAGUAUUGACAGGUCCAUCUCAACGAUACCUGGUUUUACCGUCCCUACCAAUGAAAAAACUCAGGUGUCUCUAUCUUGUGGUGAAUCACAAAGUUUCAAGAAUUCCCCCACUUCGGUUCCGAUCUCCUUAAUUGCUGAUGCUUCUGUUCAUAAAACAGAACCAACACUUUCUCCUAGUUUACCAACUUUACCUGAUGCUCCAGGCUCUCAAUACACAAAGCCCAAUUCAAGAUUCAUGAAUACUGCUUUUUCAUCCAUUGCUUCUUCAGGUGAAGGUGUUUUGGAUUCUUAUCAUAACACAUUUGGGAAUAGAAGAAUAAUGGGUUCGAAAGAGUCUUCAGAGGCAAAAACUUCUGAAGCCAACAUUAGCCAAUAUUUCAUGGGUGAUCAUGCCAUUGCCAAUGGUUUGGGACCUUCAGAGGCAGCCAGACUUGGUAUUGUGGCCAACAUGGUGCAAAAUAAUGGCAGUGAAAUGGUGGCGAGUGAACCUGGUAGUUCAGAGAUAACAUCCUUGCAACAAGAUGGUAAAAAUCUUCAUGAGGUAUUAGGUUCUUCAAAAGAAGAGUUUCCUCCAUCGCCUUCUGACCAUCAGAGCAUUUUGGUUUCCUUAUCAUCCCGCUGUGUGUGGAAGGGAACUGUCUGUGAAAGAUCCCAUCUCUUUCGAAUCAAAUAUUAUGGCAACUUCGACAAACCUUUGGGGCGUUUCUUGCGGGACCAUUUGUUUGAUCAGAGUUACAAAUGCCGUUCAUGCGAGAUGCCAUCAGAAGCACAUGUUCAUUGUUAUACACAUCGGCAAGGGACACUAACAAUUUCCGUGAAGAAGUUGUCAGAAAUUCUUUUACCGGGUGAGAAGGAAGGAAAGAUCUGGAUGUGGCAUAGGUGCUUGAGGUGUCCACGGUCUAAUGGUUUCCCCCCAGCAACUCGAAGAGUAGUGAUGUCUGAUGCUGCUUGGGGUUUGUCCUUUGGAAAGUUUUUGGAGCUCAGUUUUUCAAAUCAUGCAGCGGCUAGCAGGGUGGCUAGCUGUGGCCAUUCUCUGCACAGAGAUUGUCUUCGAUUCUAUGGAUUUGGGAACAUGGUUGCUUGCUUUCGUUAUGCAUCAAUUGAUGUUCAUUCAGUAUAUCUUCCACCCCCCAAACUCGAUUUCAACUAUGAGAAUCAGGAUUGGAUACAAAAAGAAAUGAAUGAGGUGGUUGACCGGGCGGAGCUUUUAUUUUCUGAUGUACUCAAUGCUCUUCGUCAGAUGUCUGAGAAAAGAUCUGGCACAGGGUCACUUAACAGUGGCAUUAAAGUAUCCAACUCAAGACGCCAAAUAACGGUAUUGGAAGGGAUACUACAAACGGAGAAAGCAGAGUUUGAGGAAUCACUCCAGAAAAUUUUGAAUAGUGAGGCAAAAAGGGGCCAGCCCGUCAUCGAUAUUCUUGAAAUUAAUAGGCUGCGGAGGCAGUUGCUCUUUCAAUCUUAUGUGUGGGACCAACACCUGAUUUGUGUAGCCAGUUUAGACAGAAACAGCCUUCCUGAAAAUCUCAUUGGCUUCAACUCAGAAUGGGUUGAGAAACCUCUUUUUGCUAAUGAGAAGCUUCUUGAGAUGAAAAUGUCUGGGAAGCCAGACAAAGGCCUAAGCAGUUGUGACUCCAUUGUUGUGGAUGCAAAGCUCAAUGGAAGCCAUGAUCAGGGAGGAGGAACUGGUAUCCACAUUAACCAGCCUCAGAUAGUUGAUGGAAAUGAAAUGGAUUUAGAUUCAAUUAGUGAAAACAAAAAACAAGCUAAUGUUUUUGCUGCUAUAAACAUCUCUGAUGAAUCUGAUUCUCUGGAAUCUAAUGCUAUUGUCCGUAGGGCUCUCUCCGAGGGGCAGUACCCUAUUAUGCCAUGCUUGUCAGACACUCUUGAUGCAGCAUGGAUUGGUAAAAAUCCUCCAGGAAUGGGAAUACUGAAGGAUAAUAUGUCUGAACUUCAUGAAUCUGCUGGUGCAGAUCCUUCAACUGCAGUAACAGUGGUAGAAAAAAUAGAUUUGGAAGACCAAGGGGAGGACCAGAGCAGGCUGAAGUUAUCUGUUUCUCCUAUGUUGCCCACCAAAGGCCCGGAGUAUAUGGAAGCCUCUGGGAGCUGGUUGGGAAUGUCCUUCUUGAACUUCUAUCACUCAAUGAACAAGAACCCCUUAUGGAGUGAUCAGAAGAUGGAUACAUUUGGUGAAUAUAAUCCUGUUUACGUCUCAUCAUUUCGGCAGCUGGAACUCCAAGGUGGGGCUAGGUUGCUUAUGCCUGUGGGUGUCAAUGAUACAGUUAUUCCAGUUUAUGAUGAUGAACCCACAAGUAUUAUAUCCUAUGCACUGGUAUCGGAGCAUUAUAUUGGUCAACUGUCUGAUGAGUCUGAAAGACCAAAAGGCAGUGGGGAAUACACUGCUUCAUUGCAGGCCCUUGAUUCAGGGAACUUUCCAUUGACGUCUUCCCUUGAUGAACUGUCCUUGGAAUCUUAUAGGAGUCUUGGGUCGACAGAUGAGAGCAUCUUAUCCAUGUCUGGGUCUCGUAGCUCUUUGGUUAUGGAUCCACUCUCAUACACAAAGUCUUUGCAUGUCAAAGUUCAAUUUUCAGAUGUUGGUCCUCUUGGUAAGGUGAAAUAUAUGGUUACUUGUUACUAUGCAAAACGGUUCGAAGCCUUGAGGAGGAUAUGUUGCCCAUCUGAGAUGGAUUUCGUAAGGUCUCUCAGUCGUUGUAAGAAGUGGGGUGCCCAAGGUGGCAAGAGCAAUGUUUUUUUCGCAAAAACCUUGGAUGAUCGUUUUAUUAUUAAACAGGUUACAAAGACAGAGCUGGAAUCGUUCAUAAAGUUUGCUCCUGGAUACUUCAAGUAUCUAUCUGAAUCAAUUGGCACGGGAAGUCCCACAUGCCUUGCGAAGAUUUUGGGGAUUUAUCAGGUUACAUCAAAGCAUCUCAAAGGAGGGAAGGAAUCAAAAAUGGAUGUGCUGGUUAUGGAGAAUCUUCUGUUUGGGAGGAAUCUGACGCGGCUUUAUGAUCUUAAAGGUUCUUCAAGGUCACGUUAUAAUCCAGAUAGUAGUGGAAGUAACAAAGUUUUGCUGGAUCAGAACUUGAUUGAAGCAAUGCCAACUUCUCCCAUAUUUGUUGGAAACAAGGCAAAGCGUUUGUUGGAAAGAGCCGUCUGGAAUGAUACUUCAUUUCUUGCAUCAAUUGAUGUAAUGGAUUAUUCAUUACUGGUCGGAGUGGAUGAAGAGAAGCAAGAGCUAGUGCUCGGCAUCAUUGAUUUCAUGAGACAGUAUACAUGGGAUAAGCACCUGGAAACAUGGGUGAAGGCUUCAGGUAUCCUUGGUGGGCCCAAGAACACAUCUCCAACAGUAAUUUCACCCAAGCAAUAUAAAAGAAGGUUCAGGAAAGCCAUGACUACAUAUUUUCUGAUGGUCCCGGAUCAGUGGUCACCUUCAACCAUCAUUCCAAGUAAGUCCCAGACCGAUUUAUGUGAAGAGAACACUCACUGUGGGACCUCAGCUGAUUGAUACUGUAACUCGGUGUGCUUGUACAUCUGAAUAUGUAAGUUCGGAAAUAUUUGUCCCGCAUCAAUUUUCCCCUUUUUCCAUAUUGUAUUUUUUUUCUUUUUUGCAGUUCCAUUUCUAUUUCUUAUCAAAAUUAGAAAUCAUGAUUAUUUGUCAGAAUAUGCAACAAGGCUGUGAAAGCCAUGAAAAUUUCUCCAGGGUAUGAUAUUAGAUGAGGUCCUGAAGAAGUUCUUGUACAACAUCUUUCUUCUUGUAUGUAGCACUGCAAUUUGUAUAUGAAUUACAAUUAUGAUAGUGGAUUAUUUGUGCAUCA